AUGGUUUUGGGGCUCCAAGGCCAGAGGACCGCGUCGGUCCUGCACUUCCUCUGCUGCCUAUGGGCCAUCUUCGCCCUCUCCCAUAAUAUAGGGCUGCCCCAAUCCGCCCGCAGGGAAAGAGAACACACCUACGGGGGCCACUGGAAACAUCUGACCUUCCUUAACCAGGUUUUGCAAACAAUACUGUUUGUAUUGUGCGUUAUCAUUGAUGUUGUAGCUCUUUGCUCCUCUUCCCAUGAGAAGAUGAUAUCAUCUCUAUUGGUGCCUGUCAGAGAUUACAUCUUCUCAACAUUUGUGUUCCCCGUUGGCUUAUUUGUAGCUGUUGUUUUCUGGGGUCUCUAUGCAUAUGAUCGGGAACUUGUGUACCCUAGGGAACUAGAUGAAGUUAAUUCAGUAUGGCUUAAUCACUCUAUGCAUACUACAAUCCUUCCGCUGCUUUUCAUAGAGCUCUUAGUAUGCCCACAUAAAUAUGUCCGUAAGACAAAGGGAAUUAUUGGACUUACUGUGUUCACAAUUACAUACCUCUGCUGGAUAAUAUGGGUAAACUAUGCAUCUGGGAUUUGGGCAUAUCCAGUUUUAGGAGUUCUCGAUACACCUGGGAAAAUAGUAUUUUUCUCCAUCGCCUACUUGAUAGUGCUAAUGUUCUAUUUCCUUGGGAGGCUGCUAACAAAACAGUUAUGGGGUAAGUAA